CAAUUAAACUGACAGAACUAAAAGUACAUGACAAUGUAAUUAGAUUAUCUUUAUUCCUGUAAACGCGUAAGCCCCUGUGCUUUGAUUGUUUUCUGAUUCCACAUUGUUUCAUUCAUUUAACCUUGAUUUUUCUAAUUUUUGUCGUUUCUUGUCAAUUUAAUAGUCAACGAUUCUCUCUUUUUCUUUCUUUUUAGAGAAAAAUUUUAAUCAAAAAUAUAAUGGAUCAAGAUCCUAAGCCAUCUACCUCAAGAGGAUUCGCACUCGGACAGUCCACUGACACUGAUGCUUCCAAUGAGCCUGGACGUUCAACUUUCACUGGAGCUGAAUUUUCUUCAUCAACUGAAGGUGGACGGUCAAAUUCAUCUGACCUUGGGUCCUCAUCAUCAUCUUCACCCAGCAAACAGGCUCCCGGCGAUCUUAAAAAAUAUAAAGUUGAUAAGCAAUACUUGAGAUCACGUCUAUCUGCCGUCGCGUAUGAGGUGACUCAAGAAAAGGGCACUGAAUUACCUUUUUCUGGUGAUUUAGUUCAUACCGAUUCUGCCGGAGUCUAUUAUUGUUUAAUCUGUGACGCUGAACUUUUUUCAUCUAAAACAAAAUAUGAUGCCAGUUGUGGUUGGCCAUCCUUUUACGAUGCAAUUGACCAAUCAAGAGUCAUUCUUACUCCAGAUCAUACUGCUUCUCGAACCAGAACAGAAGUUAGCUGUGCUCGUUGUGAUGCCCAUCUUGGUCAUUUCUUCCAAAAGGAGACGACACCUACUGGUAACCGUUACUGUAUUAAUUCCUGUGCCUUAGUAUUUAGAAAAUCUGACGAUUGUGUUCAACCCGAUUGUGGUGCACGAGAUAUUAUUCCACCCAAUUUUGUUCCACCCCAUUUAAGAGAGCGAGCCGAAAGUCGAGAGCCUUCUUUACCAGAGUCGUAUACUACUUCAGAAGAGUAAUUUCAUUCAUUAAAUUUAUUAUUUGAACAUUUUA